AAUUCUGGAAAUGUUCCCCAAGUUACUAAGCCUGGAUGGACAGAAAUCACAAAAACCAACUGUCUGUGGCCCUGAAGAUCAGAAGACCUUACCAAUUUGGAAGGGAAGUUUUUUUGGAUCGGAGUCCAUAAAGUCAAUGGUCCUACAGUUCCUGCAGCAGUAUUACUUCAUCUAUGACUAUGGAGAUCGGCAGGGACUCCUCAAUGCUUACCAUGCUGAGGCUUGCUUCUCCUUAACUGUCCCUUUCAGUUCCAUGGACUUAUCCUCGAUCAGCUUGUGUGAGUACUUCAAGUAUAGCAGGAAUAUGAAGAUUCUCAAGGAUCCUUAUCUGCGGAGGCAGCUGCUCAGGCACAGGAAAUGUGACAUUAUUCACUUCCUUCGUUCACUGCCCAAAACUCAACACGACCUCACCUCCUUCGUGGUGGACAUAUGUUUCCAGACAGAAACAACACUCUGCUUCUCUGUUAGUGGGUUGUUCAAGGAAGUGGAGGACAGCUCUCCAGGGUGUGUUCAUGCCUUCACUCGGAUCUUCGUUGCUACCUGUGGCAACAGUUCAGACCUUUGUAUCAUCAAUGACAAGCUGUCUUUGAGCAAUGUCCAUGGGUUUCCCAGUGCCGCCACCCCUGUGGCCACAUCUUCCUCCUGCUAUUUGCCUUCCUUUUCUCAAGAUCAACAGGACAUGGUGCCAACAUUCUGUACCCAAUCUGGGGCAAAUGUUGAGAGGUCUCAAAAAUGUCAUCAUGAUGACCAGUGGAAUUACAACAGAGCUAUACAAAGCCUUGCUUUACUCAAGGUAAAGGACACGAUUCCAGAGGAUAAGUCCACCCAGACAGGUCCACGAUCCUAAGAAUAGCACACCAAGAAAUUCCUGAGUGUCACUAUCUCAUUUAUUAUUAUUUCUUCAAACCUCUGUUGAGAUUUUGUUCUAAUACAAUAAUUUCCAUGUAAACAAGCUGCACUAUCUAGUUUUAUCCUGGAAGCCAGAGCCUAUCUUGCAGAACACUCUCAUUGUUUUGUGUAUUUGCCACAUAGUUGAAGAUCCAUGCUUCUUGCAUUUUCUUUUAUUGUUUUAUUAAUUUUGUUGAGCAUUCCGUAUUUUUAGAAUAUAUUCUGGCUACUCUCACCCCUCACCCUGUCAUAUCUUUUUUCUACCCCUGCUCAUCCUACUUCUUCCCUAUAAGUUCUUGUCUCAUAUUUAUGUAUUUUGUUUUGCAUUGUGACCCAGGACCAUCUAUGUGACCAUGUGUCUGGAACUAUCCAUUGAGUUAUCUGUGGGUACAUAGUUAAAGACAAUGACUGUUCUUCCCCUAUAAUCCUUAAGUAGCCAGUAGUUUAGAAGAAAGGGAUAGAAUCCUCACUCUGUGGUUGACUAAUGAGAGACCUAGUCUUGUGCAGGCCCAAUGGAGGCAAUCUCAGUUGUAAGAUUGUGAUAGUAUCAGAAAGAUACUAAUGAUGUUGCUGGUUAUGUUGAAUCCCUUCAAAAUCCACUGGAGGAAGGUCAUAUUAUGAGAAUGAGGACCUCCAAGAUAAGACUGCUCUAUAUACUGAAGAGUUAGACUCAACCAUAGGGUGCAGUUCUGCUCCUGUAGACUAUAUACUUUCAUAGGUUGAGCAUCCUCUCUAACUCUGUUAAAACUGAGUGCUAUGUGCCUAAAAUAUUAAUCAAGUAGUUCAUGCAGAUAAUAUUCUUUUACUAGCUAUACACAUUUAUUCACAAUUAAAAACAGCGUAAUUGAUAGGGACUAUUAUUAAAGGACACAUAGAAGCUUGUAAAGAAAAACAAUCCCCAUAUAUGGGAUUGUCUUACUAUAACAAUCCUUGGUAUGAAAAAAAUAGAGUAAGGAAACUGUAAUUGACUUUGUACUUAUAUUGAAAGCAAUAAUAUCCAGGAAACUGAUGAAAAUAUAUGUUCAACCACUAAAAGUACAAAAGUUGCCACAGACACUGAGAUAAUUUAGAAAAGAAAAAUAAAGAUUAUUUUAAGAAAAAGG